AUGGCGGAGACGAAAAACGGAAAUGACGUCGGACGUGGCGUCACUGACAAAGACAUUUUGGAUAUUUCUGGGACAAUUCCCUACGGUCACCUCUGCAACCUCGGAGAUAAACUGGGAAUUAGUGUGACCGAAGUACAGAAUCUGAAGAAACAGUAUCGAGAUGAUACGAAAGAGAUUGCCGUGGUUAUGCUUCAGAAAUGGAGAAUGAGGGAGCCGUCCGGUGAGCCAACUAUAAAGGUUGUAAAAGAGAUGAUGAGUACUGUAACCGGGACUACAAAGGACAUCUCUGAAAGUGAUGAGCUAAAACGAAUUACCCCAAAGUUAUCGCUCAAGAGAUGCAGAGAAAGACUCAUCGAUCAUUACAGGAAAACAUGUAAAAUAGCACUCAAUCCUUGGGACAAGACUAACUAUACUGGCUAUGAUGAUCUUCACACAAGUAUUAGCCUUCUAGUAUCAGAAAGGGGUCAGAGAGGUGGUGACGAGGUCAAGAAAGUAUUCCUUCCUGGUUCCAUCAAUGAUAUCUUCAAGACCGAGGUCGACGGGUCACUUCCAAACCGCAUUCUGAUGAUAGGUGGUGCUGGAAUUGGUAAGACAACAUCUUUGGCGAAACUUGCUUGCGAUUGGGCAAAUGGAGCUGAAGACUCACCUCUUAAAGACGUGCCACUUGUGUUCGCUUUAAAAUUCAGGAGGAGUGGUAAGCAUACGUCGCUUGGAGAAGCUAUUGUAAAGCAGCUCCUGGGGAGAAUAGAGGGCGUCACUCCUCAAGAAAUUGAGAAGUUUAUUGAUGAGAAUGAGGAAGAUUGCGUUAUUCUCCUUGACGGUUACGACGAAUACAAUGGAUCAAUAACAUCUGACGGACCAAAGAGUAGUCUGGAGGAGUUACUUCUAUAUCAGCGCUUUCAGAAAUGCCGUGUUCUACUCUCAUGUCGCCCACAUCGCCAAGAAGAUUUUGAUAUUGAUGAACUUCCGUUUGUGUACGCAAAGGUAGAAAUACAAGGGUUUUCAGAGGAGGACUCUGAUAACUAUAUAGAUCGAUUCUUUAGCAGUAAGGUGGCAGAUGCAACGGGACUGAAGAACUAUCUAAAGGAACAAGUCUCAAUUGGAUCUUUGAGUAAUAUACCCUUUUUCUGCAUGGCGUUUUGUGUUCUCUGGAAGGGGCAAUUUCUACAAGAUACUAAAUCACAAACGGCUUUGUUCAGUAGGUUGUUGAAAUACCUUCUUGAGCAUGCCCGAUCGAAGAGUUGUGUCGGUUUUGAAAGUUUGGUCGCUAAACCUAAGAAAGGGUUCCUUAAAUCAGUUGUGUCUCAAGUCGGAAGAGUCGCCCUGAACAGUCUACUUAGCGACAGCAGAAAACUGUUAUUCGAUCAAGAAGAUUUUGACGAUUGCCUUCAUGAACUUGAUAUAGCAGUUGAGAUUGGUUUAGUCUCUAAACAAGCAGUGAUAGAAGAAUCUAGUGAUUGGGACGAAGCAGAGACGGUUUUCGUUGAAUUCUACCACAAACUGGCGCAUGAACACUGUGCAGGUUUAUAUCUGUCAACUCUUGAUCAAGAUAAAUUGCUAGGAAUACUCCAAUGUAUCACCACAGAAUCAAGGGUACUUGACCUUGAAAAUGUGUUGAAAUUCGCUGCAGGUUCUUCUGACGAAGUAUGCUUAACUAUUUUGAAGGGGUUCGAAACAAUCUCUUGGUCAUCACCACUACCCCACUUGCACGCAAUAGGAGAAAGAAGUCAACACCAUCGCCUUGUUUUCGAUAUUCUCUGCGAAUCUACUGAAAAACUGACCGAACAGCAGUUGACGUCCACAAUUCUGCCGUAUUUCAAGGAUGGAGAAUUUCAUUUUGUGGAAACUAGUUCGUCUAGAACAGUGUAUGGAUUCGCACGAAUACCUCUUUCAAUCAAGGCACAGAUCAAGACUAUGGUGAUUUCCUACUGCGAACUCAGUGACCAUCAAGUGCAUCUCCUUUGGAAGUCCCUCACUCUAUGCAAGUCCCUGGAAAAGUUGGACCUGAAAGGAUGUCAUCUCCCAAUCGAUGACACACUUGACAAACUCUGCUGCGUAAGACGCCUUGAUAUGAUGGGAGUCACAACAGAUCACCACACCCUACUCGCUAGUCUACCUAACGUCGAGGAGAUUCGCAUAUCAAACGAUCAUCGUACACGAUCAGACAGUUUCAUGAAGGAAAUAGUUGAUGGCCUACUGAAGACCAACGGCAGACAAACUGUUGUUGAGCUGUCUCCCAUGUAUGGAUUCACAAUCUUCUCCAGAUCAACAUGCAUCUCUUCCGAAACAGUGAGCUUCUUCAUCAAGCACACAAUCCCACAUAUGACGGCUCCCGGAGCUCUUGUCUUGGAAGUCCCAAUUCAGUAUGAUGAUAUGAUCAGGAUCAUCGUAGAAAGCAUCCGUAGACCAACUAUUAUCAAAUUGAGAUUCUUCAUAGAUGUUGAAAGCCCUCUGUGUUCUGCAAACCAUGAUGAAGAUCAUCCCGAUGACGAUCUUGCUCCACACGGCAUCCGUGUGACUGAGAAAAAGUUUUUGAGGAAUGACUUCACCGCUUGGAGUGAACAUUACCGCGACCUCUCCACCGAAAACACAAGAGAUCUCUUCUGGGUGUAUGUAGCUGCACUGAAUUCCGAUCCAAAGACGUAUGGAGAUAGCAGCUUCGAGCAUAUGCUACUAGCACUUCAACGACCAAGGAUAUAAAUCCGUCAGGUUUCGGUCUUAUUAUCCCGACCUUUCGUUGGAGAACGCGAACGCUUAUUUACGUUAGUUGAUUUUGGAAGAGACUUUUGGGCCCGUCGUCAUGGUCGUUAAACUCUGUCCUGUAAUGCCAAUUGUGUGACAUGAGAUUUUUUUUUCGUUUCGCAUCUGCAACGGAAACAUUCAAUAUGCGUUUCGUGUGCAAAAUUCCGGUUGCUACUAUGGUAACAGCGAUAUAUCCGUUCUAGGACGACUUUCCAGAGCCACAUUUGGUUCCUCCCAGAGCUCGAGAGGCCGCCCGGGGGGCCCACUUCCAUUGAAGAGUGGAUACCGGGCGCGACCACGCGUAAAAGGGGACAGAGUGGGCAAGUACGUUGCGUAUAGGCACCCGAUGUUUAAAAUACUGCAAAAAAGUGAUAUAUUUCCAAUACUUGUAGGGUUUCACAAGCCAAAUACUUGUUAAGAGAUGCAUUUUCAUAAUCUGGAAAAGCCUUGCUUCCCUUGUUUAGGGUGCUUUUCGAAACCGCAUGGUCGUGCCUGGUAUCCACUCAUCAAUGAAAGUGGUCCCCCGGGAAUUUGAAUCUAAUCCCCCAUUUCUGGAGAAAGUAAAACAUAAUGCCCAUUACAUUGUGUGCUAGAGGCAUAUCGUUGGGGAAGGAGUAAACAAAAGAAAAAACCCCGCAAAUUCGGCUGGUACGUGUUCAGACGUAAACAUGCUGUGUACAUAAUCAACGCAUACGAAAUGGUUUCGGCUGGAGCGGUGAUCUGACCCAUGGAAUCAAUUGCCAGAGAUCCACCAAUAAUCCACAUUAAAUGCAAUAUCGAUUCGAUGGACUGUAAUGAUCUAUAUCUAAGCCUUAAUUCAGUAAGUUUUUCCUCACUCAAUUUGUUCUCGAUUUGUUUGAAAAACCACUUUCUUAUCCAUGUCAUAAUCUAUUGUGGGCCCUGCAUUUCGAAUAUCUCCAGCCAGCUAUCAUAGUAGAGGCUCACCGCCGGCUCAGCGGCAUAUACGAUGAUGACCAUCAGUCGUAAUGUACAUGCAUGUAUAGUUCGGGUGUCGCGGGAAAGAAUUUUGCACACGAAAAGCAGAUCUGUAGGGCCUGUAACCCCCCUGUAACACAAAGCUUAGCAUUGAUUGUAGAGCAGUUUUCUACGUUUGAUUCUAUUGACUAUAAUGUACAAUCAAUAUUAAAAAUCAAGUUUAUGAUUAAGCGUUAACUUUUGUAUUAGGGGACCCUAAUAUUAGCGUCUGUGAUGAUUGCGAUAGGUGGCUAAUGACUCGGCAACGGGAGAAGGAACGACACAUUACUCGUUUUCAUUUUCUUUAAAUUUAUUUUGCGUUUCUUGAAUCAUAUAUACUUUGAUCUGAACAUAUGCGAGUAAUAUGAUUCGAGUAUAAUACACAUUAACGUGUUUUAAGGAGAUACAUUUCUAAAGAAGUGCCUGUUGCGAUGACUGGAAACAAUAUACAAGGGUACAGACAUGCUGAAAAGUGAAACUUCACUGUGUGAAACCGUUUUUCCUUCAUAAAAACCUGGACAGUAAUGAUUAAGGAUUUAAAGAAAUGUAACACUAAUAUCAGGUGCAAUAUAUGAAUCGAUUCAAGUUUUUAAAGGCUUACUAUUAACCGAGGAAGGUUUAUAUGACAUGUAGUAAUUCCGGGUCAGAACGGCCUGGAUUUUUUUGGGUAAAUGUUCAUGUUAUAUCAUAAUUCAUGAAUGCUGUAAAGUGACAAUUUUAGCAAGUGCUGCUGGUCUGUAUAACUAUAUAGGAUCUAUGUAUCUUCCAAUAAAGGAAAAUAAAAUAGAUAAGCAUAGUAAUUACAAUUUUUCGUAUUAAGUAGUUUUUAUUGACAACUUCAAUUCAUAUACAAAAUAAAAUACAUAUAACAUAUAGAAGUUUGAUGUCCUUACAAAUUGAUAAAUAACUUGACAACUCAUGAAUUUAACACCGCACCAAUGAUAACAAUUAUCGAUACUAUACAAAUAUCAGUAUCAUAUUUAUGAUAUUGUUACAUUCCAUUCAAAAUUACUUGUAUUGAAUCAUGUGUAACACCUUGUUUUGCCUUGUGUUAUGUUUCUUUCCCUCAAAUGUUCCUCAAAUUGUAUGUAUAUUUUGUAUGUAUUGUAUUACAUUGUAUUUUGUCUUAAGCAGAAUAUUUGCAGAUGCCAAUGAUGUUCCGCUAAAUUCAAUACAUUUCAUUCAUGUUGAAUGGCCCUGCCCAGGGGCCUAAUGUGCAAAAAAUAAGUAUGAGGUGAUAUGGCAUAUAUUGCAUAAAAUUUAUACAAAGUUAGGAGCGAGCGAGCAAAUAUUUUGAUAUUUUAUUACCAAAAAAAAAAUCAAAUUUUUUGAAAGACUGUCAUAAUAUUCAGAAAAUAAUAUCAAAUUUCACACUUCUCUUUUUUUUCUUGGUCGUGAAGAAAUUGGGGAGAGUGCAAGAGCCUCCGCCCCCCCCCCCCCAUCUCUACGCUACUGGCCCUGCCUAACUAAUUCCAUUGUUCCGGGCCUCCACACGUUUAUAUAUUAUUCAAUAAAUGAUACUGUAAAGUAAUAUG